GUAAAAACGCCUGCAGUUUGUAGCAGGCGAUAAACCCUUUGAAAAAACUCUCUCACCAGCCAAGCGGCUUUUAUAUCCUCUCUCGCGCCGCCACCUUUCGGACCUUCCGCCACCAUGAAGAGCCCUAACCACGUCCGAAUUCCGCUGCCAGAGCUUACCAGUUCCGCCAAAUCUCCAUCUAAACUCGCGCAUUCAUCAACGCCGGAUCGAUCCCAGAAUCGCCGCAAAAGAAAGCGCAACGAACAAGAAACCCUAAAACCCGACUCGCCUCGCUGCUUCGCCGGCGCUGACAGCUUCCAUUGCCUUCGCUCGUCGUCUCGCCGGUGCAGGAGGCGUAGCGGGACUGAGCAGCGGACCCGCGCCGAGAGAUAUAGACGAUGGGCGUACUCUUCCCGCGAUUCGUCGAGCUUCAAAGAUAAGGUGGUGGUUGUAUCUUAUAACAUAUUGGGUGUUGAAAAUGCGUCAAAACAUCCAGAUCUGUAUUUUAAGGUCCCACAAAGAUUUAUGGAGUGGAACAGGCGUAAAAAGCUUAUACGCAAGGAGAUUAAUCGGUACAACACGAGCAUCCUAUGCCUUCAAGAGGUUGAUAACUUUGAUGAUUUAAAUGAUCUUUUUCGAAAAGAUGGGUUUAAGGGUGUUUACAAGGCACGCACCGGUGAAGCAUAUGAUGGAUGUGCUAUAUUCUGGAAAGAAGAUCUAUUUACUCUUUUGCAUCAAGAAAAUAUAGAGUUUCAGAGCUUUGGCCUUCGCAAUAAUGUUGCUCAACUUUGUGUUUUAAAGAUGAAACCAAAUCAAUCAGAGUUGGAUGAACAUCCUCAGACAAUGCUUCCACCCACUCAAAGCCGAAGCUUCGUGAUUGGAAAUAUCCAUGUGCUAUUCAAUCCAAACCGCGGAGACAUCAAGCUUGGCCAGGUGAGACUACUUCUAGAAAAAGCUUCCAAGCUAUCACAGGAAUGGGGCUCCAUCCCUGUUAUAUUAUGUGGGGAUAUAAAUAGCAUUCCGCAGAGCCCCAUAUACCAGUUCUUGGCUUCAUCAAGGCUGGAUGUUCAGCUACAUGACCGCAGAAAUAUCUCAGGACAAGUUGAAUUUCAAUCAAAAUGCAGAGUCUUCAGAUCACAGGAUGAGAAAGCAAGCAGCUGCAGUAUUCGGACAUCCAUAUCAAGGCCGUUGUUCCAUAGAUGGAGUGAUGAAGAAUUAAGGCUUGCAACAGGCAGCGGAGAGGUCACUUAUCUUCAGCACCAUUUAAAGCUUUGCAGUGCAUAUCAUGGCGUUCCCGCAAGUUGUAGAACGAGGGAUGAUUUUGGAGAACCUGUAGCAACAUCAUUCCACUCCAAGUUUAUGGGAACUGUUGAUUACAUUUGGCAUACUGAGGAAUUUGUUCCUGUGAAAGUUCUGGAAACCUUGCCAGUUGAUAUCUUGAAAAGAACUGGAGGACUCCCUAGUAAGAAAUGGGGAAGCGAUCAUCUUGCUCUCGUAUGUGAACUGGCUUUUGUAGACAAUUGCUGCGGGGACUCACCGCUGUGACAUCUGUACCAAGUUCCAAUUCAAGCCCACACCAAGGUAGAGCUAGUUUGCUCCAAAUAUUUUAGGAGCAAACUAGCUUGGUAAGCAAUAUAUAUAUAUAUAUAUAUUACCAAGCAAUUCUUUUCAGUGUUUCUGAGAAGGUCAGUUGACCCUCAUAAGGAGGUUUUUAAAAGCUUCCAUAAGGAAGGGAAUGAUUGGGAUUGGUGUACCAAGUCCAAUACGAAAAAUUUGAUCUCCUGAUGUAUUUUUCUACCAGUGUUUUACUUUUGUAUAAAUGUAACUGCGAAUUUUCAUCAUAAAAUAAAACUAAGAUGAUUUAUAGGAGGGAGUACGAUCUAUGUAUGGCUUCAAAAUCCAUGUGGUUAAUGCAGUCCAAUUGUCGGUGGUAUUGUAGACUAGGUCAUGUGAGUUUGGUGAUGAUGUGCUGACUUUUUUAGUACCUCAUUUGUUUGUUGGUGCCAAAUUGAGUUAAUUGGAAAAUAUUCAAAUAAUUCUGCUC